AUGGAUUAAAAAAUCAAUUGUCCACUUUCAGAAUUAAUGACAAAUGAAGAAAUAAGAGAAUGGGCUUUCUCUUUAGAUCCUCAACCUGAAAAGAAAAGCAAAUUAAAUUCUUCCAUGCCUCAAAUUAGCAGUUCUGCCACUAUUAAUAGAGCUUGUCAAAAAUAAUAAGAAUAAAAGACUAAAUAAAUCCCUAGAAUCAUUCAACCUUUGCCACUUCAAAUUGAGAAUCAGAAAUAAAAAAAAGAGAUUAUCCAUCGUCUUAAAUUACAAAAUAGACUUAUGAAAGAAAUGAUUUAGUAGCAAAAAGACUUAUUAGAGCAAAUGAAAAAGUCCUGA